AUGGCUGCUCCAACUAGAACUCUACGACACUUGUCGUCUCUUAGAAACACAGCUUGCCCUGCUUCAGCGGCAAUUGCCCCUCGCCGCACCUAUGCUACAACAGAUUCCUCGUCCGCCACCAACACCCCAACCACACGGCGGAAAGCGACAACCUUCAAGGAUAAGCUGAACGCCGGACCUUCAUUCUCAGAUUUCGUCUCUGGAGGCGGCGAACCACCCCUCGAUCCCUCCGAAGCCUACGCUCUCAAGACUGCCCUCGCCGGACCCGCCGGCCGCAAGAAGGAAAUUACUCGCCUGCCCGAGUGGUUGAAGACGCCCAUUCCAGACUCCAAGAACUACCAGCGCUUAAAGAAGGAUUUGAGAGGUCUUAACCUGCACACCGUCUGUGAGGAGGCUCGAUGCCCCAACAUCUCCGACUGCUGGGGCGGUAGCGACAAGUCCUCCGCGACUGCGACCAUCAUGCUGAUGGGUGAUACCUGUACCCGAGGAUGCCGUUUCUGCAGUGUCAAGACGUCUCGCGCGCCCCCACCCCUCGAUCCCCACGAACCGGAGAACACCGCCGAGGCUAUCUCCCGCUGGAGCUUGGGAUACGUCGUUCUGACAAGUGUGGACCGUGAUGAUCUUGUCGAUGGCGGUGCCCGCCACUUCGCUGAAACCGUUAUCAAGAUUAAGCAGAAGAAGCCCAGCAUGUUGGUCGAGUGUUUGACAGGUGAUUACCGCGGUGACCUGGAGAUGGCAGCGUUGGUUGCGCGAUCCGGACUAGAUGUGUAUGCGCACAACGUUGAGACCGUUGAGGAGCUCACACCGUUUGUUCGUGAUCGUCGUGCCACCUUCCAGCAGUCGAUCCGUGUGCUCGAUGCCGCCAAGAAGGCUAGCCCUGAUCUUAUUACCAAAACUUCGCUCAUGCUUGGUCUUGGUGAGACCGACGAGCAGCUUUGGGAUGCUCUGCGCCAGCUUCGCGCUGUCAAUGUCGAUGUCGUGACCUUCGGCCAGUACAUGCGUCCCACUAAGCGCCAUAUGGCUGUCCACGAAUACGUCACUCCUGAUCGCUUCGAGCUGUGGCGCCAGCGCGCCCUUGACAUGGGCUUCUUGUACUGUGCUUCCGGUCCUCUGGUUCGCAGCAGUUACAAGGCUGGUGAAGCCUUCAUUGAGAAUGUUCUCAAGAAGCGUCGCUCUGCUGGCCCCACCGAACCUGCUGAGAAGACUACUGCUACUGCCGAGGAGGCUACUCAGUGA